UCUGGAGGUCCUCGAUGGUGAAUCGGGAGGGGUCGAGAGAGGCAGUGUCAUCGGAGGUGGGUUGAGUGGUGUCGUUAUGGAAAAAGAGGGGGCGGGAAGGAGCGGACGCGGACUGGUGAUGGGGGUGGAGGAGUCGAUCGUGGUGAAGCAUGCGAGAGAGGAGGUCAGCAAGGGGCAUGUCGGGUUCGUGGGCGAGGGCGGUGGCAAGAUCUUUGUGGCAUACUCGCUUGAUGCGGGAGAUGAACGCAAAGUCGGGAAUGACGGUGGUGGGGAGGUGAUGGCGGAGGGAGCGGAUGUAUUGGACGAAGCGGUCUGUGGGACCGGUUUGGCGGAGGUGGCAGAAUUGUUCGAGGUAGUCGUCAAUGGUUUUCUGGGGGCGGAAGGUGGCAGCAAGAAGUUUGGCCCAUUGGAGGAAGGAGUGACGUGGUCCUUCAGAGGCUCGGCGGUUGCUGACUUCAGUCAUCCACCAUUUGGCGGCAUUGUCGAGGAGGCGGGAGGUGGCAAUGGGGAGCCAGUGGGCAAGGGGCAUGUGGUGGAGGUGAAAAGAGUUCUGGAGCUGGGCGGUGUGCUGGAUGCGCCGGAUGAGGGAGGAGGUGGAGGGAACGGGACGAUGGUGGAGGUUGAAGGGUUGAUGGAUGUGGUGGUAGAGGUGGUAGGAGUGGACGAGGUCGGCGGGGGGGUGUUGCUGGAGGCGGCUGUGGAGGAGGGAGUGGUUUGCGCUGUGGGGGUUGGAGUGGUUUGCACUGUGGAGGUUGGAGUAGUUUGCACUGUGGGGGUUGGAGUGGUUUGCGCGGUGGUGACGACCGUGAUGGAGGGGGUGGUCCCUUCGAGCGUGGUGACGCGGUCGCAUAUGGACGACAUGUUGGCCUUUAUGUCGUUGAGAGAGGCGGUGACGGAGAUUCGGAGGGUGUUGAGUGCGUGGAGGAUGGCGGAGAGGUCGAGGGUGGCGGUGUUUGCUGGUGGUUGUUCGCCUGCGAGGUUGUGGGCGAUGCUAUCAACUCAGUCGGUGCGGAUGUCGGACAUGUUGAUAGAGGAUGCGGCCAUGUCGGGGGAAGAGGGGGUGGAGGACGUGGCCUGAGCGGAUGUGGAGGAUGCAGCAGCAGCGGUGGCGGCGGCAGCAGCGGCGGCGCGUUGGGAGUUCUUGGUUUGGCGUGGUGGCAUGUGGAGGGUGGGGGGGGAAUCCCUUAUUUAUUUAUUAAUAAAUUCAAAAAUAAAGAUAAUCCCCAAGUUUUUUCAAAAAUAAACGCUGAACAGAAAGAGUUAAUUAAUUUCAAAAAAAUAAAUUUUGAUGUAGAUUUAAAUUUAUUUACAAGAAAACGUGAAAUUUCGAAAGAAAAUAUUUUCGAAUUACGGGAGGAAAAUGAAUAAAUUCUGAAAAG